AUGCCGUCCAACAAGGACUCGAAGGAGCCUCACCGGCCCAAGUCUACGUCUCGCCCCGGUAGAGGCCGCCGCAGACAAAGCAGCGGACCUCGAACGGGUUCCGAGAACAACUUCCGGUUUGAGGGUAACGUUGAUUCCGUAAUGCGAGUGACAAACCAGCUCUCGCAGAUGAAAAACGGAUCUACUAUGGUUAGGGCGUCAUUUGAGUUUCUUGACGGAUCGGGAUCUCAAAAGAGAUCUCGCGAUGACGACAACGAUGAGGAAGGCACCCGUGGCAGGUCUCAACGACCACGCUACAAAUCGCCGGAACGAGAGGAAAAUAAGGGUUGCGGAAAUUGUGACAAGCCCGGCCAUACAGCUCGCGACCGCGUCAAAGUCGGCAGAUCCGGCUGGAUGGACGGAGCAUGUCCCAAGUGCAAUAAGCCUGGCCACAUGUACGACAAUUGUCCUCACAGGCGCCCCGAAGAGGAUAUCGAAUAUCUUUUCUGGUUCCGCCAGAACAAAGGCCUAGUUAAAUCUCAAAUUAACGUAGGGCGAUGUCUGCGAAGGGCGCUCGCGGGAAGUCAGGAUACGAGGUUCCAGUUGAAUAACGUAUACGCUCCUCCUUACUCCCCGAAGUUCGCGCGUCAGAUCCAGCGCGAGAGAGAACUCGCCAGGACCGAGUGCGAAAACUGCGGCGUGAUGGGCCACGAGGAAAAAAGCUGCACGGAGAAAUGUGGCGCGUGCGGAGAUGAUACGCAUAAGUCUUCUCGCUGUGAAAUACGGCUAGAAGCGUGCCUGUGCUCCGAGCAUCCGGGCCACAUCCGCUCCCAAUGCCCCUUGGUCUGUUGGUACUGUCAGUAUAUCGGACAAGAAAGGGAUGAGCAUCUCGGAAUCGACUGUCCUGAGCUGUGCCACUACUGCUUAAAAGCUGGGCACACCAUGCGCGACUGCGUAGCCUUGCCCGGGCCCUCAAGGAAGUGUCCCGUCUGUCGUGAGGAAAAGCACUUGCCGAUAGACUGCGUCUCGGCGUAUUGCCCAGUAAACUAUUGCAAGGAAAAGCUGACUUGCGUGGACCACUGCAAAAAGUGCGGCUACGAAUCGGAUAUGGACGGUAUGCUAUGGGGCAACCACAUCCUGACGCACGCAUGCGGAAAAUGGCUAAAGGUCUGGCAAAAGAACGGCCCAGCAGGUCGAGGCAUACUACUUGUCUGUGCCUUGGACAACAGCCAUCCCCCGGUGACGGCCGACUCUCUCGACGAUAUUCGGAAAGAGUUCCUGGACAUAGAAGUCGGUACGGAGAGUCCCCAAUACGCACACGAAUGCCAAGCAUGCGCGGACCUAGUGCGUAAGGCAAACGAGGCCAAACUGAAAUUUGGCGACGGCAAGGGGAAAGCCGUAGCCAACCGGGAUGUCGAUGAUAUGGACGUUGGGGAAGGUUGA